CCCCAUUGACGAGGGUUCUCUUUUAAGUGUAACAGCUGUUGUGGUGUUACACGAUUACAGUCUCGGCAUUAGUUCUAAUUUUCAUGUCCAGUUAUGGAAGGCAGACGUGGACGCGGUGGGCAUUGGAAAAGAGGAGGUGGAUGUGGAGGUGGUGCUGAGUCCGGCAGUUCGGGAGAGCACAGGGGUCGCGGAAGAGGAGGACACCACCAUCGUGGAAAAGGCAAACGGGAUCAUCGUAGAGGAAGAGGGCGAGAUUUUGGACCUCCUGCAGACUUUAGAGACUUUCGACGAAAUCAAGAUGACAGUGAGAACAAAGAAAACAUUGAGCAAGAGGAGGAGGACAACACCUUCUCUAGACGAAAGCUUGAGCCCAACUGGGACCGUUAUGAGGAAUUAGAGAAAGAAGAAAUGAAUGAAGAUGUUCCCACACAGAGAGGCACAGACUAUCAUGGCCUCCUCACUUCAGCUGGGGACUCGUUCACACAGUUCAGGUUCUCUGAUGAGAAGGACUGGGAGAUGGACUCUCUGGCAAAAAAUCAGAUACCAGCUCUGUUUAUAGACCUGCCAGCUUUAACUCAGUCACUUCAAGAGCUUCCACUGCACACAAGACUGAACCUGGAGGCUGAGCUUGUGCAGGUGAUGACUCCUGUUGAACUGCCGUCUGUGACAGUGCCUCACAGAACUGACUCGACUCUAACAGCUGGACUGAAAGCUUCUCAGGCAGGCCCAGAGUCAGGCCUGGGUGUUUCCUGCAGUGUAAAGCCUGCUUCAGGUACCACACCGUCUCUCUGUGUCUCCACAGUCGUCCCUCCUGCCACAGAUGAUGCUGACCAGGAGCUCGACCUUCUCCUCAGCUUGCAGAAACCCAUCACAGAAAUUACUUCAGACAAAUCCCACGCUAUAUCAGAUGAUGUGCUAAACACCUCAACACAAGGUUCGGAGGAAAAAGAGAGAAAAGCUCAAAUAGCUGAUAAGAAAGAGACAAAGCCAGAAGUGGAAGGUGAAGCUAAACCUACGAGGCAGGAAGUGGCAGAGGAGGAUCUGGAGGACUGGCUGGACAGCAUGCUCUCCUGAUCCCAGAGAAGCUGACUGACACUGCUGUGGAUUAAAUCACAUGCAGCUUUGCUAAUGCUGACAUACUGUGACUUCUGUGGGGACGUGAACAUCAUACCACGACACUUCAUUGUCUUAUAAUAGCCAAGACUAAUUCAGUCAUGUGGAAUAUAAAAUGCUUCUUCAAUAUAUUACUCAUAAAAGUGAUGUAAUUCUGUGUAACAGUUUUCAGACCCAUCAUAUUCUCACUCAUCAUUUGACUCCGAUUAAAAGCAGCAAUGACCAACUGGGAUUUAUUGCAUUAGCUACUUUAUUUUCAUUCCCCCUGCUCAAAACAAAUGCAAAUCACCAAAGCUACUACAUAAAUACAAAUGGCCAUACAAUAGCAGUUUACAGUAUUGACUUCUGUUCAAUAAAUGGAAUCGUUUUUGUCCUCGAAUGUAGAUUCCCAUUGUUUUGCAUUCGCACUUCAUCAAUCAGGCAAACACAAUUUCUGUUUAACCUUAACCAAACAUUUAAAAAAAAAGCAGUGUAAUCUUUACUUAUGAACAAACGUCAACUAAAGCUACGAAACUACUAACCCAGGUGAGAGGCAGUCAGUGGUAGUCUAAACUAAAAUGCAAACUAGCAAAACAUACGAGCAGGAACAAAAUGUUUGCAUAGUCUCUUGUCAUAAGGCACUUUUCUGUAUGAGAAACAGCUAGUGGACUGAAGCAGAUGAUCAUUAUAUUUCUCAUUCCACCAGUCAGAUUACCGUCCUUAAAGGCAUUGCACAUUCUUCAUAGUCUUUUGUUUUUAAAUCAAACAGGCAUAAAUUCUGUUUGGCAUUCAUUGAAUACUAAGAAGUUAUUCUUGUGCAUAUUUGUGUAGACAUUCAUUCAACAUCAAAAACAUACAUAUGUUAACAUCUCAUCUCACAAGUUUGUGUGCAUUUGUGAGUUAAGCAUAUGAAGCAUUUU